AUGGAUUCCGAUCAGAACGUCGAUGUUUCUCUUAUCAUAUCCCAGUAUCCCUUUAUCGGCUUUCGCGACUUUCGCGCCCUGCUGCGGACAGGUGAUCAUGCCGACUGUACCAUAGUCUGCAGCGGCGAAGAAAUUCGCGCCCACAAAGUGCUGCUCAUCAAUCAUUCCCAAUACUUUGUAAAGCUCUUUGCGAGCAACUGGAAGGAGAAUCAGGAGAACCGCGUCGAGUUCGCCGACGUUGACCCUGCGGAAAUGAAGUUACUUCUCGACCUAUUCUACAGCGGCGGCGGUACUUGGCAAUACCCUAGCAGAGACAUAGCCAUGAAUGUUCGACUCUGGAUCCUGGCCGACCGGUUCCUGGUCGACAUGGCUCAGCAAAUUAUCGCGGCGCAUCUGAACGAUCUUCUAAUGGACAACGAGGAGAAGCCCAAUGCGUCCGAUCCCGAGAUUCUGGACAUGGUUUUCUCACAUCCGGUUUGCGCAAAUUCAAUCAUAGGGUUCAUUUUCUCAGAGGCCGCAUGCUUCGUCGACCAGUACCUCUACUCUGAUCGGGUAUACUCCGACAAGAUUCGCGCUCUCCAAAGCAAACACAGCAUGCUUGGACAGACUAUGUACGAGUGGUGUAAAAUCUACGCUUCAUGCGCAAGUGAAAUCGAGUCUGAUGAUGAGAAUGUCCCAGACACACGUCUAGUGCGACAACGUACUCUCGACGCGAGACUUUUCGGCCCUCAUGGUCGCUACCCCGAAGAAACCACCAUCAUGGAGGGAUUGAUUGAGAGCAUGGGUCAUCAGACUUCACCAGUUGUGAUGGGAAAGCUCCGCAGACUCCCCAAAUGUUUUUAG